AGACAUAAAGGAAGGCUGGGUCCUGAGACAACGACGACAGCAGCCAGACCACUGCAGGGAGAGAAUGGCAAGCAGGAAGGCCGGGACGCGGGGCAAGGCUGCAGCCACCAAGCAGGCCCAUCGUGGCUCUUCCAAUGUCUUUUCCAUGUUCGAACAAGCCCAGAUCCAGGAAUUCAAGGAAGGUGGGAGGCUGCUCCCACCUUAAGACCCCCCCACCCCCGCAGGCCUUCAGCUGCAUUGACCAGAAUCGUGAUGGCAUCAUCUGCAAGUCGGACCUGAGGGAAACCUACUCCCAGCUAGGGAAAGUGAGUGUCCCAGAGGAGGAGCUGGAUGCCAUGCUGCAAGAGGGGAAGGGCCCCAUCAACUUCACCGUCUUCCUCACACUCUUUGGGGAGAAGCUCAACGGGACAGACCCUGAGGAAGCCAUCCUGAGUGCCUUCCGCAUAUUUGACCCCAGCGGCCAAGGGGUGGUGAACAAAGAUGAGUUCAAGCAGCUUCUCCUGACCCAGGCAGACAAGUUCUCUCCAGCUGAGGUGGAGCAGCUGUUCGCCCUGACGCCCAUGGACCUGGCAGGGAAUAUCGACUAUAAGUCCCUGUGCUACAUUAUCACCCAUGGAGAUGAGAAAGAAGAAUGAGGGGCAGGUACCACGCCCCCAGGGACACCUCAAUAAACUCUCUUGCCAAA